AUGAAUGAGAAGAGUGAUUCAGAGUUUAUACUGGAUGUCGAUUGUUUAGCAUCCGUGCGAGAUAAUGACUUCGUCACAUUCAGGCAACCGCAUGGUGAAGAUGAUAUUGCCAAUGCGAUUCUAUUGGUUGGCAAUCCAACAGCGCAACGCCGAAUCUGCAAAGUCAAAACUACUUGCAAUAAAAUGUUCAUAAUUCGACCGGCCGUUUUCGAAUUGGGUGCUCACUGUGAACUGCCCGUCAAGAUAACGUAUAUACCGACAAACGAAAUCACUGACAGAAACCGAGAGGAUCAGUGGUUUGCCAUCCACUACAUUUCAUCCGAUGAUCCAAAUAAAUCAGCUCAGCAGUGUUGGGCUGACAGUAGUGAUAAGACGGAUGUGGUUAAACGUUUACGGGCAAAAUUCGAGGUGAGCAAAGAGGAUAGUGAAAACAAGCGAAUGGAAAGAAUUAUGAAUGCGAGUGAAGACUUAUUGCAAAAUGUACAAUUGGCAGAUAGCAAGACUGAGUUGUUGUUAGAGUGUAUUCCAAAUGAUUUGGUCAAAUUCAAACCAUCUGAAAACUCCGAUGAGAAACGUCUCUUCACCACAAUGACAUUCGUGAAUAAUUCCGACAAGAGACGAGCAGUGCAAGUGUUCUGUCCUCUUGAUCCACAGUUUCGUGAUUAUCACGUUGAAAUGUUCACUGUUGAUCCGGAGAUGCAAUAUAAUUUGACUAUGUCUUUCCUGCCAUCCAAAAAGUUCCGCAUGCAGGCAAGAGCUGAAGAACCGUAUAUCGUUGUCGCACAUAUUGAAACAUCAGAAAGCGAUGAAAGUGUUGAACAAAUAUGGCAAAAAUUCAACCGAAAACCCUAUACGCCCUGCAUUGUUAAGAAAAUCCCUAUGGAAUAUGACGACUUGUUAUUGGAUAACUUACUCCAGAUGCGUUCCGCUGAUGAAGCUCGUAAGGCGAAUGAACGUGGUUCCAUCAAUACUGCGCGUGAUGGAUUUAAUCAAAUGAGUGACGAACGUGAACUUGGUGUUGAGCAUCUAAAAAUGUCUGGGGUUGGUCGGAAGGAAGACAGGAUCAGUGAUAUGAAUAUGAGGCUGAACGAUACAGAAGCUGAAGAUAAAAGUCCUCGGAUUCAGUGCGGUUUUGGCAAUGCUCUUGCAGCAGACAUUGAUCAACUAUGA